GCUAGCCCUCGCCAAGACUAAGACCCCCACCAUCAGCAGCAACACGAAUGGCCACCCCAGCCCGUACCAGUACCACGUCGACGACACGAGCCUCUUCGCAAUCGACAAGGUGAUGGAGGAUACCUGCGAUGAGGCUCGUUGCGUGGACUGGUGCAUGCAAGUGGGGCUCAUCGACAAGGAGAAGACAUGCCCGCCAUGCACCUUGCCGAUGAGGCUCUCGCUUGUGCGCAAGCGGUGGCGGUGCUGCCGCCGAAAACAGCAUGCUGAAGGAAAAGAGAUUUCCCUGGGCAUGCUGACCAGCUCCUUUUUCACCGAGGCCAAGAUUAAGAUCUGCAGCGCUG